AUGGUCGUCGGCAAGGUGAUGAGGUGGUCGCCGUGGGCGCCGUCGUCGUCGUCGUCAUCGACGAAGAAGAAGAAGGAGAAGAAGACGGAGAGGUUCGACGCGACGAUGACGGUCGCCAAGGUCGAGGGGCUUGGUGCGGCGAUGUUCGGAGAGGGAUCGGCCGUGGCGUUUACGGUGAGACGGGCGAGGAGGACGGUGGGGUUCACCAGGGAGGCCGCGGUGAGGGCUGAUGGGGUGGCGGAAUUCCGCGAGGGGGAUAACGGGUUCGGGCGCAUCUGUUACGGGUCGGGUGGGGAUUUAGAGGUCUCCUUCUGUGUGUCGCAUGGGACUAGGGAUGAAUCGAAAAGGCAGAAGGAAAAGAAGCUUGAAGAGAUAGGAACAGAGACAGUAAGCUUCUCAGAAUGGUUCCUGGCUUCGCAAUCCACGAAGAAGAAAUCCCAGUUCCAAGCUCAAAGGAAGCGAGUUCCUAUUAUCUUGGUGAAGGAUGGCUUGACCGCGGAGGCUAUACUUCACGUAGAUGUAAGCUUCAGAGAGACGAGAAAGCCCGAAAAAAAAUCAGAAACACCAGCAUUUCUGAACAAGGAAGAAGAGGAGGAGGAAACAACUGAUGAUUCAAGCACAUUCAACUCAAAUUCCUUGGAGCUAAGUCAGUUGCUUUCGUUAACAGAUGAAACAGAAAAACCGUAUGAAUGCAAGAACAGGAUAAGAACAGCAAAUACAAACAGCAGCAAUCCAAGUACAAGCAGCAGCAGUGUAAGUUCAAGUCCAGAGCUGCAUCUUCAGUCAUCUUCAAAGCGAAGAUUCUUUCCAUGGGGAAGACGCAAGAUCGGAAAUAAAAGAUACGACGAUGAAGAAGUAGGAAGCAGAAAGACUCAGCCUUCUUCCAACUGUAGCCCGCAGAGCAAAGAAACAGUAGAACCAAAUGAUACCUGGGUGAGCAAAGAAAUCAUCAGCAGAGAUGGGCAAACGAAGCUCAAAUCCAAAACCUUCUUUGCCUCCAUCGAUCAGCGCGAUGAGAGUGCAGGUGGAGAAAGUGCCUGCACUGCCCUUGUCGCUGUGAUAGCCGACGCACUCCUCUCAAAACAAGAUUAUGUCCCAAACAGGCUCGAAUUCGAUAAUCUGAUCAAAGAGGGAUCAGUAGAGUGGCAAAAACUCUGUAAUAAUACAUCAUACAUAAAUCGCUUUCAUAACAAACAUUUUGAUCUCGAUACAAUCCUAGAAGCAAACAUCAGGGAUAUAUCAGUAUUAUCGGAGAAAUCAUUUGUCGGGUUCUUUCAGCCAGAGAGCUUUGAGUCGUUAUGUGGGGCCAUGUCUUUUGAUGAUAUAUGGAACGAGAUAACAAGUGAUAUAGGAGGAGAGCCAAGGAUUUAUAUCAUAAGUUGGAACGAUCAUUUCUUCGUGCUAAAGGUGGAGACUGAUAGUUUUUAUAUUAUCGAUACACUGGGGGAGAGAUUGUUCGAAGGCUGCACAAAGGCUUAUAUGCUAAAGUUUGAUGAUUUUACGGAGAUGUAUAGAGUAUCGGAGAAAGGUGAAGAAGAUGAACUAAUUUGCACAGGAAAAGAGUGUUGUAGAGAGUUCAUAAAGAGAUUUCUUGCAGCUAUACCGUUAAGGGAGGAGUUAGAGUUGGAAGAGAAAGGAACUGGAAAUCCCAAUACAGCAUUGCAUCAGAGGUUACAAAUAGAGUUCCAUCUCACACAGGCUUCUUCUAAGGCAUUUGUGGUUGAUGAUAUAGACUGGUUUCAUCUCACACAGGCUUCUUCUAAUGCGCUUGUGGUUGAUGAUAUAAACUGGUGGUGAUGCAAAUAUACGUAGUGUACUAUUUGCAUCACACCUAUUGUAAAUAAAUGAACAUGUCGAUAAUGUAUAUACAUUUUUCUUGUGUGAGAAA